AUGGCUGUCAGCGCAAGAGGAGCUCUGGCGGCAGCCAGAUUUGCUGCAUGGAGACCAACAAUUGCUCAGAAUCACUGCGCGCGGGCAUCUACACUCCUUAAAUCAUCACAUUAUCAUCACCCCACGUUGCUGGCUUCUCUCCCGGCUACAGCCCGGUCUAUCCAUGCACAAACUCACCCAAGGGCCCAAGCAGCGACUGCCACAACCUCCGCCUCCUCCUCUCCCUCCACUUUAGUACCAGCGGACGGAGACGCUUCCCAAAGACCACAAACCAAAGGCUCCUCGAACCCCGCCCUCUCAUUCCCCUGCCUUGACGCCCUAGAUGCCAAAUCAUCCUCUCUCCUCGCACGAUCCCUAACCUCCGGCCCAGAACCCUCGUACACAUCCGGCCACCAUGAAAAGUUCAAAUCCACCGAUCCCCUCCUUCUCGACUGGGGUGGCGUCCUCCCCGAAUUCACGAUCGCCUACGAAACCUGGGGCACCCUAAACAGCGACAAAUCCAACGCCAUCCUCCUCCACACAGGCCUUUCCGCCUCCUCCCACGCCCACAGCACCCCCGCAAACCCCAAACCAGGCUGGUGGGAACGCUUCAUCGGCCCCAAUGCCCCCCUCGACACAGACAAAUACUUCGUCAUCUGCACAAACGUCAUAGGCAGCUGCUACGGCAGCACGGGGCCUUCAUCCAUCGACCCCUCCGACGGCAAACGCUACGCAACCCGCUUCCCCAUCCUCACCCUCGAAGACAUGGUGCGCGCCCAAUCCUCCUCCUCGACUCGCUGGGCAUCUCCACCCUCGCGGCCUCCGUCGGCUCCAGCAUGGGCGGCAUGCAUCUCCAUUAGCGGCUGCGCGCGCAGCCACCCGUACAGCAUCGCCAUGCGCCACACCCAGCGCCAAGUGCUCAUGAUGGACCCCAAGUGGGCGCGGGGGUUCUACUACGACUCCGUCCCGCCGCAUUCAGGCGUGAAGCUGGCGCGCGAGAUUGCGACGGUGACGUAUCGCAGUGGACCGGAGUGGGAGAAGCGGUUUGGUCGCAAGCGGGCGGAUCCCAGCAAGCAACCGGCCCUGUGCCCGGAUUUCCUCAUCGAGACGUACCUCGACCAUGCCGGGGAGAAGUUCUCGCUCGACUACGAUCCGAACAGUUUGCUGUAUGUGUCCAAGGCGAUGGACUUGUUUGAUCUGGGCCGCGAGCAACAGGUGGCUACGGCGGCGAGGAGGGCGGAGACGGCGAAGCGCAUUGCAGCUGCGGGGGGUGAGGUUGGGCCGAUUCUUAGGGAUCCGACGUGUAGUCUUACGUUGCCUGCGCAGCCGUAUGAGGAGCAACCGCCGCCGCCGCCACCACCACCGUCGUCGUCGUCGUUGUCGUCGUCGUCGUUGUCGUCGUCGUCGUUGUCGUCGUCGUCGUCGUCGUCGUCGCAGGGUGUAAACAGUAAUGAAUCCUCGGUAAUUCCUCAAUCUGAAUCCGCCUCCCAAGCCAUGUCCCAGCAGACCCCCCCCACAGACCUCAUUCUAGGCCUCUCCCCAUUAAAAGACCACCCCAUCCUCGUCAUGGGCGUGGCCAGUGACAUUCUAUUCCCAGCAUGGCAACAGCGGGAGAUCGCUCAGGCGCUGCAGGCCGUGGGCAGUUCGCGGGUAGAACAUGUUGAGUUGGGCGAGGACAUAUCACUCUUCGGACAUGAUACGUUUCUGUUGGAUUUGGAGAAUAUUGGAGGGAGGGUGGGAAGGUUUUUGGGCUGA